AUGGGUACCAGCUUGGAUAACAGUGUCAGUGCUGAAAAUGAAGGCAUUGUGCCGCGCUGUAUCAUUGAGCUAUUUCAAAUAUUAAAAGCUCGAGAAGCACAAGAUCAAGAUUAUAAAUACGAGGUCUAUGUGUCCUUUCUCGAAUUAUACAACGAAGAGUUUAUCGAUCUAUUGAACAAUCCGCAGCAGCAAUCAAAGCGAAGAUUAACAUCAUCGCAGCAAAGCCUAAAUGCUCCUGCAAACAACAACCCAAAUGAAGUGUCUAUUAGAGAAGAUAUCGCUGGAAACAUUUACUGGAGUGGAGUCAAAGAAGAACUCUGCUACAGUCCGGAAGAAUUAUUAGGGUUCCUCGCACAAGGUUCGCUAGGUCGCACAACGGGAUCAACUGAAAUGAAUUCCGUAUCUUCUCGCUCACAUGCCAUCUUUUCCGUUAUUUUAAAGCAACAAAAACCAGAAGACGACCAAGAUGGAAAGCGAGUGACAAGGUCAUUAACAAGCAAAUUUCAUUUUGUCGAUUUAGCAGGCUCUGAACGAUUGAAACGAACACAUGCUCAAGGUGACAGAGCCAAAGAAGGCAUAGCCAUUAAUUCUGGUUUACUUGCACUUGGAAACGUCAUAUCAGCACUAGGCGAUGAAACGAGAAGAGCAACACAUAUACCAUAUCGAGAUAGUAAAUUAACUCGAUUGCUUCAGGAUUCGCUAGGUGGCAAUAGUCAAACACUGAUGCUGGCCUGUGUAUCGCCCGCUGAUACAAAUUUCAUGGAAACCCUGAAUACUUUGAAAUAUGCAAAUCGCGCAAGAAACAUCAAGAAUCGAGUUACGGUGAAUCAGGAUUUUGCGGGCUCCUCUAUGGAGGUUAAUCAACUAAAAGCACUUGUUUCUCGUUUACGCAUGGAGAUUGCAUCUCUUCGUGCAGCGGAUAGCUCUCAUUCCGCAACGACCGCCAGCCAUGAUACUACCAGCAGCAUAAGCCAUUCAAAUGAGGCUACCAGGCUCCGUGAAAAGAUCAAUGAAAUGUCCAGCCGUAUGAUGCAAGUAACAAGCGAGAGAGACACCCUGCUGAUGGAGCGUGAAUUGGGUGAAUUUAUGCAGAAUGAGAGCAUGGAAGAUGAUGAUCUCUUGGAGAGCGUGGUUGGUGCCACUCGAAAAAUCAAGAUACAUCCCGUCAUUGAGAAAUAUAUGUCCACCAUCCAGGAACUAACAGCCCAACUUGACGAUACCAAGGACAAAUUACGACAUGUAGAAUCACACAACUUGCAAUUACAGAAGACCAGCAGCAUGCUGCAACGAUUUUCAACCAGUCAGCAACAAGGCAAAAAGAAGAAUCACCGGAGCAGCGGCAGGCUUAGUGCUAAUAACUCAUCCACGACAAAUGGUUAUGCAGCCAGAAUCACAGCUAAAGUAACCGCAAGACGCCCCAUUCUUACUAAGAGCACUAGCACAGGCUCACGCAACGCCGAUCGUCAAAAGAAGCAUGUUCGGAUUAGACAGCCUCGUUAUCAAGCCAAUGACGAUGAGUUUGAGGAAGACGAAGGCUAUGUGAAUGAUCUUCAAGAAGAUGAUGUACGGCAUGAGGAGGUCAAGGAGAGCAUUGCAAAAGUACGUGCAGAUAUUAGAAAAAGCUUACAAGUUUUAGAGCUAGUCAAACCUUUAGAUGACACUACAAACUCUUGGGAGGAAGAAUUAAAGGUUUUCGAAGCAGAGGAAAAACGCUUGCAUGACUGUAAAGAAAUGCAGAGAACUUCAUCUGAUGAAGGCAGGUUCUCUCUCACACCUUCCCCUACGGAUAAAUACGUUCACGAAAUUGAGACUCUGGCCGUACCAACUUGGGAGAACGAUGAGCACAAUGCACGCGGACCACUGGCUGCUGAGAUAUCAGAGGAAUUGGAGGAUGAUAUUAUCUCCAUCAAGAGCAACACAACUGCAGCUACUAGUGAAUAUCAAAGCAAAUACAACUCUCAGCUGUCUCGCAUGCUGCAUCAGAUACAGUCUGACAUCAAGGUCAAGGAAGAGCUUGUUUCCCAUCUGGAAAAGUCGGAAACCGAGUUUACAUUCAUGCGCAAAAAGUUUGAUGAAAAGAUCAGCAUGCUCCAAUCCCAACUGGCAGACACCCAAAAGGAAAAAGACAUGGCAUUGAUGCGCACCAAGUCUGGCUUGGCUAUCCGAUCAGACAUUGUCAAUCAUCAAAUGCAGCAACAGCAACAGCAACAGCAACAGCAACAACAUCCUCAGCAGCCAUCAAAGACAAGCGACAAGGACAUUCGACAAGCUUACGAGACGAAAAUGAAGAACCUCAUGACUGAAAUCCAAGAACUACGAAGAAAGUACGCACAUGCCACAACCACCAUGCAAUCUACACGAAACCAGAAUGAGUCCUUACUGAGAUCGCUCAAGGUCAAUGUAGAGACGCUCAAAGUAGAGAAAAAGAGGCUGGUACACCGCAUGAAGUUGGAAGCUGACCGAGUCCGAGAUCAAAUAUCCAAACAAGAACGAAGAAUUCAGCAGCUGCAACGUCAACAUGCUAAAUCCAACCAGGCUAAACGACGAUUGGAACGUGAACACGAGCAGCAGAAAUCCACGCUCAAAAAAAGAAAUGAAGAGAUGCUGAUCAGUGCAACCCAACUGAAGCAAUUGACUGCCAUCAUGAAGAAGGCUGUGCGUGAGGGCGGUAUUCUCGAUGAAAAGAUGCUCAGUAAAGUAACGCCCAUCAUGGGUGGUAGCUUUGCUGUCAUUGCGCGUGGUGGUGGCCAUGGUUUCCCGCGACGUUUGGUCAAGAAGAAGAGCUCGCUCCCAUUGGAUGUGCGUGUGUCUCGUAAAAAGGAACUGCUGGACAAGGCCUUGUAUCAAUACAUUCAAGGCAAGCAAGCUGUGGUUGAAAUGGAGCAACUCUUGAUACGUAGAGAACGUUUGGUUGAAGAAAAACUAGAACUGGAAGAGGAGCGUGAUCAAGUCUACCGUGUUGAAAAGGAGCACCAAGAAACCACUGGCCAGCCUAUGGACACAAUCGCUAUUGAACUGAUGGAUGAGCGUGUCGAUCUCAUCUCUGCGGAAAUCUCGUACCUAUCUGCCCGAAUUCGUACAUUGCAAUCGGAGGCAGCAGAGGAAGCCAUGCUAGCAGAGGAAAGUGGUGCGCAUGUCAUCAAGCACACUAGCCCUCGACCACCCAAGCACGUUACAUUUGCUGACGAGAUUAUCACGGAGCCUGUUGCCAACGACGACUGGGCUGAUGUGGAUACAUUUGAGGACCAAUUCACUGUGCCUGCCAAUGCUGCCCCUGAAAUGGCGUACGACAUCACCUCCAAGCUUAUCAAGUCAUUCGAAUCGGAUGAAUGUAAGCUUAUCAUUGAGAAUCUUGUGGACGAUAUCAUGGAUCUGCGAAUGAGCGAGUGCAACCGACAACUGACUGUGCAAAACCUGGAAAAGACUGUCAUUGAUCUUCGUCGUGCACUGAUUGUGAUGAAAAGAACGGCUAUCUCAAGCACCGCAGAGAAUGAACGCCGCAUUCGCCAUCUCAAGACAAGCGACAGCAGUGUCAUCGAUAUGCUAAUGAUGAGCACCGACGACGAUAUGGACGAUACCCACUCUCUGGACGAAUACAUGAACAAUGGCAACACUAUAUUUGACAAGAUUUACGAAGACGGCGUUCGUGGCUUGAUCAAGGAAGCGCCCAUCAUGUCCCAGUCUCCUGCCUCAGACACCAUGUACUCAUCACCAGAACAGCAGCAACAAGUGAGCCUGCCCAAUUCUCCAGUGGCUUCACCUCCCUACAUCAGCAACGCAUAUCCCUCAUCCGCUAUAAUGGCUGCCAAUGUGGGUAGCAGUAACAAGCCACCCUUGCCUGUACAGAUGAUGGAAAGUAUCAGCAAAAACACCAUUUUACCUCGUGAGUCCACACCUUCACCUGACAGAUUUUACAACAUGAUACAAAAGAGACUCUCCUGGCAAGCAAGAGUUUCCGGCGGUGAAACACUAACAGAGGAAGACGAGCUAUUGAGAGCUGCUGCUGCAGUAGCAGAAGCUGCCACAACUGCUGCCAGCCCACCUGAUUUUGAGCACUACGUGACAGACCAUGAAUCUUCUACAUCGUCCAUCCGCAGUAGCCACUUGAGACGAUCAUCCAUACAGUCUGACAUGUCUUCUUUGUCUUCUUGGAACCAGAAAUCAAUGAAUCGUACCAGUAGCACCAGCAACAUCAACAUCACGGGAUCGUCUCAGAACAGCAAUCGUCGCCCACAACGAAGCAUGCCGCUUCCGCCACCACCUCCCAUGAGUCCUUUAUUGUCGCACAUUCCUCCACAUCAGCAACAUCAACAGAUGGACGAUCAUCAGUCACCUUUAUUUACCACAUCUUGCCAACAACAAAGAUUCAUGAGACGACCUUUGCCCCCUCUUAUGCCAAGCGUUUCUACCUUUGAAAGGCCAACGACACCUUCUGUCUUUGAUCGGUUAGCCCACACACCUACACGUGCAUCUAGAGCCAAAAUAAACUACCGUCAUAGCAGCAGCAGUGUGGAUGAGUUGAGGAAACGAUGGGAGCUGGAUCAACAGCUACACCAACAAAGAUCUGCGAGCGUCAUGAGUGGCAACUAUGUAUAA